AGUCAUCUAGUAAAUAAUUCAAUUAACCUUACAUCGAAGUGUAUGAAAUAGAUAGAGUCCCACAAUUCAUUAGUUUACCUUAGAUAAAGGUACCUACUGGCAAAUAACACAAACUCAUUUGUAUAUCUAUCUAAACUGAUAAGACGGCAAAAAUACUUCACCUAGUCAUUUCGAUAUCGUUUUCUUAAAACAAGUAGAUAUAUACCAUAGAAGACUUAUGAUGUUUGUUAAAGAAGUGUUAGUGUUGUUUUUAUUUGCGACAUUGGACAUUGUUUCCGGUGAAAUAUGUACCAAUUCUAGUGAAAGUGGAUGCGACUGUAGACAGUUUACCAAUCCCAAGACACACCUUCCUACCUACUACGCGGAUUGUAGAAGUAGAAGCCUACAAGAUGUUCCAGGAAACAUAGAACAUAUUAUACAUAUAUUAGAUCUGUCAAUCAACAACAUCCAAACGCUCGAUCCAAAAAAAUACAGCUUAAGUAGUGAAAACCUGGAAGAACUAAGUCUUAGUUACAAUAAUAUCACCUUCAUAGACGUCAGCUUCUUUCAGAACCUACGUAAACUAAAAAGACUUGACUUGAGCAACAAUUUCAUCACCAGUUUGGAUAAUGCAGGUGUGUUUCAAAACCUUGUGCACCUCGUGAAGUUGGACCUUAGUUUCAACAACUUAAAAUCCUUACCGGACUCUAUUUUCAAUCCUCUAAAUAAACUAACCCACUUAGAUUUGAGCUACAACUAUCUAAAUAAAUUCUUAACCCAAUCAAAAGAAGUGUUAGCAGAUAAAUUAGGGGUUACUUCAAAUUUAACCCACCUUCGCUUGGGUGGUUUGGCUCUAAAAGAACUACCAGCUGGAUAUUUUGAUAAUCUUACUGCAUUGAAAGGUCUAUCACUAGCAGAUAAUGAAUUCGAACUCAUCCCUACAGUUCCUUACACCUUGGAACAUCUGGACUUAUCCGGUAAUCAAUUCACUUUCAUCUCAGCUAAAUAUCUGAACUACCAUUCUCUAAAAAGUCUCAAAUUGAACAGAAUGGCAAGUUUGACGGAUAUACAUCAUUACGCUUUUUACAAUCUCUUCGCUUUGGAAAAAUUGAUUAUCAAUGACUGUCCAAAUUUACACCAAUUUAGUGAACUGGCAUUUGAUGUACUUUCUAAAGAUGUCGACCAUCACCUCAAGAUACUCUCUUUAGCUAGAAAUGGUUUGAGAAGCCUGAAUGAAACCUACAAGUAUCUGUUUGUGAAAAUGGACCAUGUGGAUUUGUCGCACAAUCAUUGGGAGUGUGAUUGCGAUAUUUUGUGGCUUCAACAUUUUGCGCUGGAAUUUUACAAGCCUCAGGAAAUAAGAUGCCACUCUCCGGAAGACCUCAAGCACAAACCAGUCUUGCAACUGGAACACAGCGACUUGAAAGACUGCUAUCCAGCCAUUUACGGGAAAAAGAGCCACAGACUGUUAAUCGUAAUUUUAUCCCUAGGGAUAGUAGUACUGUGUGGCCUCAUAUUUUUCCUCCUAAGAUAUCCAGUAAGCAGUUUCAGUAGGUCCCACAGGAUUGGACCUAACUCUCCUUACAACUUGGCAUCCACGCAUGACUAAUACCUAUAUGGAUUGUUUUAUUUUGUGUAACUUAGGUUUAGAUUUAUUUUUACUUUUACAUCAUACUGCUUUGACGUUUUUUUCUGCUCUGUACUUUUGCUUUACGAAGAUACAAAAUAAUAAUAAUUCAUUUUAUUCGUCCAUAUAGGUACCAAUAUUUCCUAUUUGUUCGUAAUUUUCAAGGAAAUAGAUCAGAAUAAAUCAGAAGAAAAUAUUUGUAAUACCUAUAUUUUCUUCUGAUGAAAAUUGAAAAUAUAGUGACAAAAGUUACAUAUUCUAAUGGAAUUUUUCUAGCGCACAUGGAUAAUUUCUAUUUUUAUUAAUUCUUUCAUAUUAUUCUGAAACUUAUGAUAAAUAUGUCUUUUCUUUUUAUAAUACUCUUUAUGGUCUAUUUAAACAAAAAAACAGCUUCGACAAUAAUUUAAUUGGGUAAUGUCUUUUAGUUUUACUAAAAAUAUUACCUAGGUACCUAUAUAGCAAUUAAAUAAUUAAGCUAAGAUUAUGUUAAUCUUUAAUUUAUAACAAUAAAUUGCUAAUACAUAUUUAUAUAACUUGUAAA